GUUGGUAUUACUGAUUUUAUCCUACUGCUACUCUGUCAGCUGAUUUUUCACCUAAAUUAUCUUCUGAUCGUGUGGUUAUUUUUCGAAAUUCUAGUAAUUAUGUUUUCAUCAAGAUUUGCCAGUAUUGCCAGAAAUUUCACAACUUCAGCCGUUAGGCGAGGUGGUCAUGGAGGAACUCCCGGAGAGAAUUUGCCCUUCAGCCUGGACAAUCGCUUUAAAUUAACUGCAUUGUUCGUUAUAUUUUUUGGUUCAGGACUGGCUGCACCCUUCAUUGUACUCAGACAUCAGAUGUUGAAGAAGUAGUGUUCAAGUUACAGUAUUUAGUCAAAUUAAAAAAUAUGUGUACAUAUUUGUAUAGAUGCUAAAAAGGUCAUUUUCCCUAAAUGUAAUGAAAUCAUGCAUCAUCUUGUUAAUUUUCAGUUAACUAACUCAUUGAAGUUAGAAACAAUCAGGUGUAAUAUCUAUUUAUAAAUAAAACUUGAAAUUUU